AUGGACAUUCCAGCAGCAGAAAAUGUCCUCGGCACUCUAGGCGCGCUUCUCCCCCAAAUAAUCAUCAACUACAGAAGACACACCACCGAGGGUCUCCAGGACUCCAUGAUGCUCUUGUGGGCUGUAGCGGGCGUGCCGCUGGGGGUAUACAACAUUGUCAAGGAGUUAAAUGUGGCAUUGAGAAUUCAGCCACAGAUCCUGACGACUUUGAGUCUCGUCACUUGGGCGCAAUGUCUUUACUACGGCAAGAAAUACUCCGUGCUGAAAUGUGUCGCCAUUGUUGUCCCCCUCCUUCUAUUCUUCGGUGCCAUCGAAGUAGGACUCGUCUUCGCAUUACGACAAGCCCAAACCCGUGCCCUCGAGUGGCCUCUCAUCCUAAUGGCUGUGUUGAGUGCCUCCAUGCUUGCUGCGGGUGUGAUGAGACAUUAUUGGGAUAUCUACAUCCACCGUACCGUGCGAGGAAUUAGUUUCUUUUUCGUGGGCAUCGAUGCUGCGGGCGAUUUGUUUUCUCUUGUAUCUGCUGAUAUCGAUGUAUAUAUAGUGUUUGGAUCAUCUAUUGAUAUACUUGGCAUAGUGAUCUAUGGCACGGAACUGGCGCUUUGGUUGGGCAUUUUCCUCUGUGGAGGCGUGUUCAAUCUCUUGCCCUGGCUUAGGAGGCGGUCCAAGAGGCGGGAAGAGGCCUUGCAAGAGCCCGUUACUUUGCAUCCGAUGCCGUCGUCGACUUCGGUGUUUAGGACUGCAUCUGGGUCUGUGGUUGAACGGCGUGCUUGGCCGAGUACAUCUUGA